ACUACAGCCUACUCUUUUAUGUCAAUUUCUGUCAAGGGUUCUUUUAUGUGCACGCCAAAGUGUACAUGGUACCUCGGUUUUUCGUUCCAUUUGAACGACUAGACAGCUGUCCUUGUCAAACCAUCCGUCCUGCACCACUGACAAUGGGAAACCAUUCCGGAAAAUCAGAUGAACCAGCGACCUAUAGACUAGUGAGUCAACGUCUUACUCUCUUAGCCACCCUGGUUCCCCUGGAAAGUAAGAUACUACAACCCAUUUCAUUUCAUUAUUCCGAAAAGAUAUAAAAUUGAGAAGGAAAUAAGAAAAGAAAAGACUUGUUAUAUAAAUAGUAUCAUGUGGAGAACCCUAAAGAUAGUACUUAGUCUUAUUUAAGGUGUGGACUGGCCAUACCUCACCCAGAAACAAACUCAAGUUUGAAAAAACUUCAAUAUUGACACGGAAAACAGCGUUAUUUACUUGUUGUCUUCACGACCACCAGUUAACGCUGGUUGGAGUCUCGUGUUUAUUUGUAUUACUUUGUUUUUAUUUGUUUUUGUUAGAAAGUUUGGUGGGUGUGGUGUUCGGGUGGUUCAUAUCAGUAAACGUAUUCUUCAUUUGCACCUGAUGUUAAACGUUGAGGAGGUCGCAAGACACUGUCAUUCCUCUCUUCGGACGUUUCAAGAUUUGUUCAGACUUCUUUUUGGGGAUUAAUUUUCGCCUUUGUUUGGAUGCCAUGUUCAAAAACUAACAGAAGGAUGUGCACAACGUGCUGGAUUUCUAACGUUUGUGUGGCAGAAACUUCAGCAGACGUGAUAUAUAAAAAUUAGGCGUGGUAGACCUACUAGUUACCAUGACAACUCAAGGUCAGUGCAAGCACGAUUUGUCAGUGAUGACAGAUGACAGCUUGCUUGAUGCCAGACGGCGAGAGCUACACACAGACAUGCACUCUGAUUCCUCGGGUCUAUAUAGUAACCAGAGCAGUCCUCGUUCUCUGUCACCUAACAUGGGUGACGGUGUAUAUGGAUGUGAGUUAUCUCCCAUGUCGGAUGUCGUUUCCCCUAUGAACAAACAAUGUAAUGAGUCAAAAGUUCCGCUUAUAAAACUUAGUUCGAUAAAGUCAGCUUUUGCUAAACGAAGUCCGAGUAAUGGAGUGGGAACUGUGGGGGAAAUGUUCGCUAUGAAGAAACGUCUGAAAUUGGAGGCUACAGGUACAGAUUAUCCAGACACAGAUAUUGUGAAACAGGAGGAGAUAGAAAGCAACGAUAGUUACAACCAAAACAGUGUGUCGGGAACAAUACACCAGUUGUUAGAAUCAGGAAGAACGAGAACCCCAGUAAAAUCUGAGACGAACUCAUCGUCGGACUCAGAGGAAGGAUUGGAUUCGACACCUUCCGUUUCACCACAUUCGAAAUCACCAAAGCCUGUACAAACAGAACCAGUUGAUUUAUCUAUGAAUAAAAGAAUUGGAUUUAUUACCUCCCCUGAACAUGAAACACAAGAAGGAUUGGACCUUCGAGUUGCCAAAAAAGAAGAAGAAGUUGGUGGUAGUAAAAGAAAUGUUGGUCUUUUGUCUUUACGUAGAAUAAAAGAAGCUUCUGAGCAGUUUAGUCGAUUAGAUAAUGGAACAAAAAACCCUUUUAUUAUACCACCAAUCGCAAAAAUUGACCCUUAUCUUGAGAACCAGAAGAAAAGACGAGUACAUCGAUGUGAUUUCGAUGGAUGUAACAAGGUCUACACAAAAAGUUCACAUUUAAAAGCACAUCGUCGAACGCAUACUGGUGAAAAGCCAUAUGUAUGUACAUGGGAAGGAUGUACAUGGAGAUUUGCUCGUUCAGAUGAAUUAACGAGACAUUAUCGAAAACAUACUGGUGAUAAACCAUUUAAAUGUCAGGUGUGUGAUAGAGCGUUCUCGCGCUCUGAUCAUCUAUCACUACACAUGAAGCGACACUGAAGACGUGAAGUAGCCCAAUUGUGGUGUCUUUGUGGAAAUUCCUCAUACAUCUGAUGUAUGUGCAGAUCAUGUGUGCAUUUUUCACGUUUCCUCUAGGAAAUUUCGCCGUGUCAAAUGGUUGACCUUGAUUUGUGGUGGCCUUGAGCUGUUUGUUAUGGUAACAGUUGCCAGGCAGCACUUGGUUGUUGUGAAUCAGCAGACUUUCUAUUUGUUAUCAGUCUGUGUUUUGUUGUCUGUUCAAAAGAAACAUCAUACAGGGACAUAACUCUCGUGGUAUAUAUUUAACCAAUGAUAUCGUUUGUAAGAAGCCUGUGUGAACCAUCAUCAUAUGAGUUGUAAGCUGUAUUUUGAUUGACUGAUUACAGUAUGGAUGUUCUUUAUAUAAAUUGAUUGACAAUUGGAUAUGAAUGGAGUGAUCUUGAUCCCUGGAAAAUAUCAUGAAGUGCUGAAAUUGAUUUAUGCUGCUGAUUUAAGGCUGAGGACUUCCAUCUUGUUUCCUAGGCAACGAAUAGUGUUGCAGAGUUAGUGCUGCCCUCUAUAAGUAAAGAGGAGUAACUCUGUUUACCCAGAUUAUUUCUGAGUUGUACCUUUGUUAUGAUUAUACAAUAUUGUUGUAAAUAUUCGAAUAUCCAAUAUACAUGUACUACAUUAUUAUUUUUAUUUUACUCGUCAAGUCAGUUUUACUUAACAUCAUUACCAUAGAAACCAAACAACCAAAGAAAAAUACUUAAUUUCAUAAAAACUUGAAAUAAAUUACAUCUUUUGGGAGUAUUUUUUUUGUUUUUUAACAAAACCAUAUCAUAACCAUUUCUACAUUAUGUGUGAUUUUUACAAUGCUCAAACAAUCAUUAUUACGAAUACAGAAUACUUAAUUCAAUCUGAUUUGUGUUAAAUUAAACUUUUGAUUUUGUGUUUUCAAAACAAAAAAUGUUGGCCUAAUUUCAUUUUGGUUCAAUUAAUUAGUAGACCACAAUUUUGACAAUUAAUAACCUGACCUUUGACCUAUACAGGUCGAAUGUCAUUAAUUGUAAGUAUACUGACACAAGAGAUGUACAUGUCUAUGUUUAAAAUAUAGUUUUAAUAUUUUGUAAAGAUAAACAACCCAACCAAUUUAAAGAUUUUAAUCAAUUUGCCAUUGAAUUAAUCCUAGUCAUUUAAUAUGAAUCAUGUAAGUUUGUGAAACUAUUGAUUGAUUACUGUUUUGUUUUGUUAAAUUUAUAUUAUUAUAUAAUUAUAUCAAUUAACUAAUAUUAUUACUUUGUUUAACAAACUAAGUUGGGUUUUUUUGUAGAGAUUUUUUUAUAUAUCGUAUUUUAGAAACCAUACAAGAUAGUACAUAAACACUUCCACUAGUGUUGACUGCUGAACGAAUAAUUUACAUGUUGGCAUUUUUGUAAUUCAAGUAUUUUAUUAUUGAAACUGCUGCUAAAUAUUUUGAUAAUUUCAUUUACUGAUGACUUAAUGAUGAUUUUUCUUUACUGAUGACUUAAUGAUGAUUUUUCUUUACUGAUGACUUAAUGAUGAUUUUUCUUUACUGAAGAUUUUCAUUUACUGAUUGCUGAUGAUUUUCAUUUACUCUUGAUUUUCAUUUACUGAUUACUGAUGAUUUUCAUUUGUUUUUCAAUUACUGUUGCUACAGUUUAUAAAAAUAUAAGGAAUCAUCUUUUAGAAUGAAACUCUGCAAAUCCUUUUCCAUACGAAAAUAUGAAUUUCUCCCAGUGUGAUUUAGUUGUUAUUCACUUUUGUUUUUUCAUGAUCAAGGAUUUGUUAGAAAUUAUUUCCAGGCAUUGAUUCCCAUGUUGAGAAUAGAUAUUAAGUUUACCAAACUUAUUGAUGAACUUAGAGAGGUAACUCUAAUUAUUUGACAAGGGCUUGGAUUUCUCUAUCAAACAUUACCGAAUUUAGGUUUGAGCGGAAAUUUUAUUUGCCUGAACAAAUUUAUAUAGAUAUAAUAACCAUUGAUACAAAUGUAGUGAUAGUUGGUUAGAAUUACCCUUUUGUUUGUCUUUCAUCCAUUGUAAAAUACCAAUGUUCUUAUUGUACAAAAUAAUUAUUAAUAUUAACCAAUCAUCUUACUGUAAAUUAUUUACUGCUCAUAUUUGUGUAAUACUCAGAGAAUGAUGAUGUAACCAUAUUAUGUGUAUUUAUAUUUGUUGUGUACCCUAACUACACAAAAUAAGCUGAUAUGUUAUUGAUUUUGCUAUUUGUUAAACAAAAAAAAGGAGAAUUGGAAAAAUAGAUUUAAUUUUGUAAACGGCAAAUACACAACAAAAUUUGUUAGCUGUGGUAUUCGAUGGUGUAGAAAGUAUAAGCAUACCUUGCAUCAAACAUAGCACCCAUCAAUACAAUUCUGAAUACAGAUUCUUGUAAAAAAUUCUAUAGCUGUAUAUUGAAAAUUCUAAAUCUGUAUACCUUCAAGAAUUCUAAAGCUUUGUAUUCAAGAAGUCUAAAACUAUACAAUUACAAAAGUUACUUGUUGUUUUCAUUAGUAAAUAUAUUUUUCCUAAUAUUCUCCAAUAUAUAUGUUUAUUAUUAAGUUUUGUUGAUUUAGAUUUUUUGUGAUCUUCCAGAGAUAUGCGUCUUCCAGCGCUGUAAGUUUCAAGCGUAAAUGUCGGAUUUGAACUUGGGCUUAUUCUAUAUCAAACACCUGAAAAUUAAUUGAUGGUUUUAUUGUGUGAACCAUAAUUUUGUAUGAGUGUUUUUGGGUGAAAAAAUUUCUGAGUACAUCUGGAAUUGUUAGCUAAUGUAUUGAAUCUUCACAAUUCAUUGAAAAAUGGAAUCAGAUGUUCUAGAAAGAAUAAACAUACCCUGUCUCAUGCACUACAUCUGUUAUAGCCAAAUAAACCAUGGGGCCAGGUCAACCUUUUUUGUUCCAUAUUUAAAAUGUUUAGUAACUGAUUUACAUUCUGUAACAAUUUAAAUGGUCAAUGUUAGAUAUUUUACUUAAUGAAAUGAUUUUUAUAUCGGUUAUAAAGAGUUUGACAAGAACAAGGUAGAUGCAUGUACGUAGAAAAUCGCACAAUGGAGUCUCCCGUUUUAAUCCUUUAGCAUCUAAUCUAGACAUAGAACUAGCUGAAAACUACUAUUCAUUUAUCACCUCAAACCAUCCGAGUCAUGUGACUAGUAAUGAAAUAUUUAAGGAUCGUAAUAGUGUGGGUGGUGUGAAAAGUGUUUUUUAAAUCGAGUGCCAUAAAGCUUACUUUUCUCAAAGUAACAUGUACCCAGGGCUAAGGGUUAAUUCUGUUUAUAUCAAUUAAUUUAAAUGUAGACCAAAAUUUACAUAUAUAAAGAAUAAUAUGAUUAGUCAUUACCAGUUGAAGAAGAAAAUGGCUUAGAUAGAUGUUCCUCCCAGUUUCUCAAUACUUAAUUAAUUGUCUUUCAUCUUUUUGAAUUUUUAAAAAAAAUUUAAAUACUAAAUAAUGGAAUAAAUUGAAUGGCUUUGUUAGGUUUCUAAUCGCCAACCUAAUUACCCCAUUAUGUAAGUUUUUCUCAUAAGAAUCUUUUUAAAGUCAUACAAACUAAUGUAAGAACUAAAUGGGUGUGUCAGUGCUAAUAAGUUUCAUUCAUAGAUAAAGAGAUAGCAUCUGAAUGUGCAGACAAGAUUAGGCAACUAAUUAACAAUAAGGUCAGCAUAGGGUAUGUCUAUAUGUUAUUGGAAUCGUUGCGUCUGCUGCAUAGAACAAUCGUAAUCACCAUUUGUUUAAGGCAGACCAACAGGUUGAUUGUAUAGAAAUGGACGAAACUCUACAAUUUGCAGGUAUACUUGUUGAACUAGUCUACUUUGAACGAGUUCAACAAGGCGUAUUUACCUGUUUUAUUGAGAUGUGUAAAUUUGUUGGGGUAUUUACGUUUGUGGGUGUGUGUUUGUCCUUUCUCCCUACUGUCCUUAAAUGACUCGGGACGCACCCAAACCACACGUUGUAAUCAAACUUCAAGUCAUGUGAUCCAUCGCCGUGUAGCACCGCUAAGCAGACAUGUGCGAUGAUUUGUUAGCCUAGAGAUUGAAACGUAAACGCCAAGAUAGAGUAUAAAGAAGUUAACAUGGACAUAGAGUCAACAGACAGUCACUGAGAGAAAGCAGCUCCACGUGCCUGUCUGGUUAAUUGAGAGUUUAUUUACACCAAUCGGUGAAGGAGAUUUAAAGGAGACACUAUGUAUAUAUGAGGCGUUAAUUCUUCAGCUUCUGGCCGGCAAUCGGUAGUUGAAGUAGAAAGAGUACCUGAAGAUCAAUAUUGACAUGAACCACGCCCUGAUUGUUCAACCUCGGCACAGGUGAGAGGCUUUAAUUGGUAAAAUACCUCAAAUGGAUAAUCUACCCAGAUUUAGUCAAAAGAAAAUCUCUUUGAAAUCUUUCCUAAAUGAUGAUGAUAAGUUAAUAUUUACAAAAUAUGAAAAGAAAUUUAAAAAUUGAUGUAGACAAGACUUACCUAUUUUCACUCCUCCCUCAGUUUUUAUACUAGACUCCACUGACCUGUACUUGUGACUUCAAAUAAUUGCAAAAAAUAUUAAUAGAAUUUUAUUCAUUUUAUGUCAACAUUAAAGAUUUUUUUUAUAUUUUAAACAUUAGAGUUUAUGUCGACAUUGAUGAUUUUUUUAUUUGAAUAAAUAUUAACAGGGAUGGGUCUCCGGAUUAAAUUUUGUACGACAUUUAAUCAAAUAUUUGAUGUAUUAAUUAAAACGACUUGCCUUUUAUUUAUUAAUUUUAGAUUAUGCUUUUUUUAUAUCUAGCAACUGUUUGAAUGGGAUCCAAGUAUGUGGAGCUAAUGCUAACAAAAUAUCCUGCGCAAAAAAUGAAAUGUUGUGAAAAACCUUUAAUAGGGAAGCGAAAUGAAAUGGUGUUUAAUGUCCUACUUUUCUGCACGUAAUAAGAUGAUACAGAAAAAUAGGAUAUUAGACCCCAUUUCAUUUUCAUUAUUUCUGCACUUCAAAUUCUGCCAUUAAUCCAUUUAGGCUGUGGUAUAUAUAUGUUGCUCCUUAUAGACUGGGUUUCAUUUAACUUGUUAGAUGUAAUAUUUAAAAAUAAUUUAAAUAGUAGUUAGUAUUACAUAUGUAUUUGUGCCAUUAUUUAAAAAAAAAACGGACAGUAAGUAAUUUUUAUUUAAACUUUUAUUCUAUUCAUUUAGAUUAAUUUAAUAAGUCAAUUAAUUGCCAUCGCAAUCUAGUUAAUGAACAGAUUAAAAUGUAUUAAUGCACUUGUCUUGCCAAUGGAAUUAUCUGUUUCUAAUCUGUACAAUAAAUGUUUUUUAAUAUAUUAUGGAGUGUCACAAAAUUUCCACGCUUGCGUUGAAACGAAGAACACGUAGAUAGAUCCUGAGAAACCCACCCACCUGAUGGGAUAAUAAAAUGUUGAUAUACUGGGUUGGCAAAAAAAAUGUUACCCACUCUGAGAAGGGCUGCAUGGAUUGAGCAUGUCAUUAAUUAUUGAACCGUGUUCAGAAAUAGUGACAAAAUAGACUAUUAGCAUCCAAUAAAAACUUCAUGCGUUUGUGACAUUUUUCUGAAAAAAAUAUUCACAUUUGGAAAAAGCAGUUUACAAUCAGAAUGGAUAACAUUUUUUGGGCCCACCCUGUAUUUUCAUUCAUGAUUUCAAUAAGAACUGAAAUUUAAUUUAUCAUUUCUAUCAGUGGUGUCAUUCAACCCACCCAGUGAGUUUGAACGCAAGUGUUGAGAUUUUGUGGCGGUCCAUUAAGGUUAUGGCUAUAUAGUACACUUAACUUAUUGUUUAGGUUUUGCGCACUUAAUUUAGCUUAAGUCAGAUUUUAUAUUUAAAUAUUAGAUUUUAGUAUCAAGGUUAGAAGUUGAUUAAAAGUAAAUAUGGUACAUAAAUAUUUUAAUAAUCAUAAGGGUUAAAAGUGAUCAACUUUAAAACACUAAAGUUUGACAGUAGCUAAAGGUAAAAACAGUAGAUGGCCUUGAGUCUGUAUUACUGUAGGUUCUAUUCAUUAUGCGGUUUUAUUAGAUCUAAAAGUUACCGGACUAAAAAUGUGGCUUGAAUGAGUUGAGUAUAAUAAAUACAACCCCCAAGGGCAGAGGACUUUUUACAGGUCCCAGGCUUGAUUGUAAAGCAGAACAUUGGUCAAAUUCGCAUAAGUAGCUGUCCAAACAAUAUUAUUGAUAUUAGUUUUAAGAUGAAAAUGGUUUCUUCAUUUCCUUAUUGCCCAUCAACAUCAUUCACUGUAAAAAUUCAUUUGUUUAUUUUGAUUUUAUUAAGAUAAUCUUUAAAUUUUGUUAGAAAUUUAUGAUUUUUUUAUCUGAUUUUGGUAAACAAGAAUUAAAUUAGCUGAUGUUAGGUACCGUAUAUUAGACGAUCUUGAGAUAUUAUAAAAUAGACUACAAUUUGUUGGCUUUUCAAUUUUGUCAUAGAUUUAGUUUGUAUAAAAUUGAUUCCAAUAUUUUUUAAGAUAAUUACCUACAUUUGAUGUAUAGAACUUUGUUUACGAAUUAUUGAAUUAAUUGUAUAAUUUAUUUUUUGGCUAAUAUUUAUUUGGGCGUAUAAAGUUGUUGAUGAUUGGGCUAUGCCUUAACAACACCUGAAACUGAAAUUGUAUGUUUUUGCGCCCGUGUCAUUAGUGAUUGCAAAAUCUGUCCACCAAUUUUUUUUAACACUGAUGUGAACUGUUUGUACUAUGCGAGUGAUGGAAUGAUUCUAAUCCUAGCUAGUGUACUUUGUCCCUAGGCAUGUACAUAGAGCUUUACUGAUGCUUAGGACCAACCCAUUGAUAAGAAAGAAAGAUAUUUUAAAUUUAUCCAAAUUCAGUAUGGCAGCCUGUAAACAAAGUACAUGCAUCAAAUUUUAAUUUCAUUUUUUGAUUGGAUGCUACAUUGAAAUGGAAGCAUGCCUACGUGCCUCUGAGUUAGUCCAAUGAUAAUGUUGUAAAUCUGUAACAAUAAUGGCCUAUAUAGAAAAUGUUUGGUUCACAAUUUAUUUCAUCUAGGCAUUGAUCACCUUUAUUUUAUGUUUAUCUUUAACUUGUCAAAAUAUUUUAUAGGUGACUUCAUUAACAAUUUUGUUGUUUUAUUUUACCCUAUGAUUCAUUUAUAAAUUGAAACCCGGUUAUUAUCUCUCAAAUCAUGUUUCCAUAGUAACCAUGUCUCAAUCCCCACGAGAUUUGUAUAUGAUGUCAUUUCCUGUUUAAAGAUUGAUGUGUAUGAUGUCAUUUCCCACUUAAAGAUUGAUAUGUAUGAUGUCAUUUUCUGUUUUAAGAUUGAUAUAUAAAUAUACAUACAUGUAUGAUGUCAUUUCCUGGUUAUAAGUGUCUCUAUAUUUAACAAUAAUAACAUUGAAAAAUAAAUUAAUAUAUACAUACAAUU